GCUAGCGGCACCCUAUUACCUUGUUUAACAACAUUGCGUUAUGCAAGCUAGCAAGACAAGGGAGAGGAGUGUCGCUAGCCGCCGCGCGUAAACCAUUCAACGGGACAACAAAAUAAGCGUCUGAAGGGGAAUAAAACAAGACUGAUUUUUCAAAAACAAGUCUAAGGUGAUUGGAUCCCUCGAUAUCCAGUGCUUCUCUGGUAUUCCUGCUCUAAGGGUGAUGUCAAUCGCCUUUCUCGCCCGCCUGGCAAGGUGCAGCAGUGGACCCCAUGUUGGACGUAAUGGUCUCCCCCAAAUGGCCCUGGCUCCCCUCCCGUUGAAGCAGGACAUCGCCCUUUACUCCGCCAUCCCCAAGAGGCAGAUCCACACGCCUUCAGACAAGCGCCGCAGCGGCACACGUUUCGACGCCGACAGCAGCGGGCGCCCCACCACCUGGGACUCCUUUGGCAUCUGGGACAAUCGCAUCGACGAGCCCAUCCUGCUGCCGUCCAGCAUCCGCUACGGCAAGCCCAUUCCCAAGGUCAGCCUUUCCAAUGUGGGCUGCGCCUCGCUCAUUGGGCAGCGCAAGGAGAAUGAGGACCGCUUCCAGCUCUCCCAAAUGAACGACAACAUAAUCUACUUUGCCGUGUUUGACGGGCACGGUGGACCAGAAGCGGCCGAUUUCUGUCACAAAUACAUGGAGAAUUUUAUCAAGGAUCUUGUGGCCGGCGAGGACAAUCUGGAGCUGGUUUUAACUCGAGCCUUCCUGGAAGUAGACAAAGCUUUAGCCAAGCAUUUGCAGUUCUCUUCAGAUGUGCCCGGGGUGAAUGCGGGCACCACUGCCACGGUGGCCCUGCUGAGGGACGGCAUCGAGCUGGUUGUGGCCAGCGUGGGCGACAGCCGCGCCAUGCUGUGCCGCAAGGGAAAGGCGCUCAAGCUCACCGUUGACCACACGCCCGAAAGGAGGGACGAGAAGGAGAGGGUCAAGAGGAGCGGCGGCUUCAUCACUUGGAACAGUUUGGGGCAGUCCAAUGUCAAUGGCAGGCUAGCCAUGACACGCAGCAUCGGUGACUUUGACUUGAAGGGCGUCGGGGUGAUUGCUGAGCCAGAGACCAAGAGAAUCGUGCUGAGCCCCGUGCACGAUUCCUUCCUGGCGCUGACCACAGACGGCGUCAACUUCAUCAUGAACAGCCAGGAGAUCUGCAACGUCAUCAACCAGUGUCACGACCCAAAGGAGGCGGCGCAGCGCAUCUCUGAGCAGGCUCUGCAGUACGGCUCUGAGGACAACAGCACCAUCGUGGUGGUGCCUUUCGGCGCCUGGGGCAAGCACACCAAUUCGGACACCAGCUUCUCCUUCAGCCGAAGCUUCGUGUCGAGCGGGCGCUGGGCAUAGUGGCGGCGCAGCGUGACGGGGGGUGGGGAUGGAUGCUGGGGGGAAGGGGGCGUGGUCUGGGGAACAUCCCAUCUAGUGCAAUAGUCGACAACGGUCCUUUUGUGGGUUUGGGGUGGGGGGGGCAUUGGCGUGUGAGACAACUGCUGUGUGAGCUCCAUUCAACGAAAGCUCACUCUGAGUCUUCAGAGGGAGCAGAAGCUUAUGGGCGUUGUUCCAACAUGCUUACCUUGUAAAAACAGUGCAACCUCCUAAAGUUGUCAUACAAGUCGGAUGCGAACAAAGUAGCGCGAGCGCAGAGACAAAAUCGGUUUCUGAUGAUUUUUUUUUUCCACCAUACACUUUUGAGUUUGUCAUUUGACAGCACCAAUUUUAGUUUUUGUGCUGGCUGCUCAGUCAACAAUCACAAUUUUAAAAAAAAUUGGAUCCAUUAGUAUAGUUUUACAUAUAUGAUAAAAAAUAAUUUUUCCUGUUUCGGGUCGGAUGCAUGUUUUUGUUUAGCACAGUUCUCAAAAUCUUUUUUUGUUUUGAAAAGUUUUGCGGAGAAAAAAAAAGGUCAAUUGACAGGAAAUACGUUAGAAGGGAAAAGGUUGAAAUUGUAGAGAAAAUAAAAUGAAGCACCCACUAAAAAGUUGUUUCACGAGAAAAAGUAUGCAUUUUAACAAGAGGGUUUUUUCAUCUUAGUAGGAAAAAAGAACAAACUUGUGAUCUUACAAAUAAUGAGGAAAAAAUGUAAAGUUCGGGAGACGAGUAAGAAAAGGUAUCCCAAAUUAUUUUACAAAAACAAAUAUGUAAUAUUACGACAGAAUAUUCUCGAGUUUCCGUAUAGCUUUUCUCUGUAUAUUAGAGAAAGUAAAUCAAAAGAAGAGAAUUUUUUUUAUGACACAACAGCUUCCAAAUACCAGUAAUUGUUUUUAUGAUGUGGGAGAUGUUGCGUCGUCGGCCUCGUCAUCCGUUCGGACCCUCGAGGUUCGGCUGUUGCUCUUGGCGGCACUGACGUUUUUUGCACUUCAAAGAAAAAUCAACUUUCGGUUUGGUUUUUGAAAUGACUCAAACAAGUCCAUUUUUCAGACUCUUCGUCAAAGAGAAUGUGCUGUUCGCUACGUAUUUAGAAGCUCUGGUGUCACGUAACUGUCGAACCUCUUGGACCUCAAGCAGGGGUGGGCAACCUUUUUCGAGCAGGGGCCAGUUGAGGGACACACGAACGAAAGCAUGAUGGCAUAAUGGAACCAAAUACUUUUGGUGGGGCAUUUGAGUUUUAGUUUUUAUUAUUUGGGCGGGAGGGGGGUUGGUACAGUGGUACCUUCCUUUUGUUUCGUGACCAGACUGAUAACGUGUCGUCAUAGCUGGGGGAAAAGAAUGUCCGGUUGUGCUGUACAUCGAUACAGUUCUGUUUUUUCCCAUGACGUCAAUCACGCUGAUGUUUUAAAAAAAUAUCCAUAUUUUUCGAGCACAUCAGGUUUUUGAGAUCUUUUUUUGGUUUUUUUUACCAUGCAUUGUAAUUUAUAACUGACAUUUAAGAAACAAAAUUCCACCUCUUGCUGAAACUAACCUUAAAAUCAUGAAUAGUUCUAAAUAUAUUACUGUAUUAUAUGAUUAUUUAGAUAUGGGCGAGUAACAAUACCAGGUAACAGAAAGCGGAUGAUACGGACCUAAUUUUAAGAUAUCGAGUAGUUGUGGAGGCUGUGGAUACCAGACACCGAUGCUUAAGGCAAAAAAAAAAAAAAAAAAGAAAUGUGACAUUGAGCAUGUCCUCCUCGGCAUGAGUUGGCGCGACACCUCGUCAGCUUGACACAUUUGCAGAACAUCACUUGAAGACAGGUUUUUGUUCACUUUUUUUGUUUUUGGUAACAUUUCUUAAAUGAAAUUUAUAUAUCAAAAGUGCUGGAGGUAUCGGUACUAGGUAUCGUUGGGUGCUCCGAGAGUUUGUACUGUCAAUGUUAAGAGUUUGUAACUGUUUGCUGUCUGCCAAAUUGUGCGCAUUACGCGACACGGUCACAAAACAGGUGAGCCGGCAAUCAAAUUUAAAUUUUAAAAAAAUGAAAAGAAAGUUGGCUGGUCAUUUGAAAAACUGUGUGUGCCACUGUGCACGCCGUAGGUUGCCCACCCCCUUGUGCUUCUAAAGGUCAUAACCAAAAAUGAUUUGUACAUUUGCCUCUAGGAAUCAUUUGCACAAUCUAGCGGGUCGGAGACGUGAAUGAACAGCAUUUUUUUUAAAUAAACAUUAUAUUUUUAUGACUUAUGUUUUCUGUAAUCACAAUCAAAUGUUACGAGACAAGCGAGUGCGGCGCUGAGACAUAAUCAGGGUACCGAAAAAGUACAGCUUAUGUUGUGUGUGUGUGUGUAUAUAGGAGCUAUUUAUGCAAAAACUUUAUUGAUUGAACCGUGUAGCGAACAACUUAAGUGAAGCACACCUCCUGUUGGGAUUUAUCAGCGUCCAUCCAUCCAUGUUUGUAAAUAUCGUUCGACCAUUGAGAGCUUCAAACGACACAACCUCAUUUCAAGUCCCCGCUCGUCUGUGAACAACACUGUUUCUCAUUACCGAUUGUAUUGACCGCCGUCAUCGUCGUUACAUGUGGGAGGUAUACUUGGGGACGGACUGUACACGGCGGGCAUGGAUUAUGUAUUAUCACAGUAGUGAUUUGUAAUCUGCGCUUCUGGAAAUGUACUCAUAGUCUUGUUUUAUUUUGGGGUGAUCAAUACAAGAGAGCGCAAUCAAAUUUGAAGUCAUCGAAGUAAUGAUCACUUUUUUUUGGAGGGUUGGGCUGUAUAUAAAUCAUUUUCCUCUGAUGUGACUAAGUGAAAUUAUUCUUUUGACUCUGUUUUGUUUAAGAUGGCUUCAGUUUGCUCUCCAAUUUAAAAAUAA